AAUUCAAAAAAGCAAAAAGCUCUCAAAAUUCAAACACUCACGAAUCCAAGAACCUUCCUUUCUCUGUGAUUCUUUGUAGGUAUCCAUGGAGAAUCGCGUGGUGGGCUUGAUGAUACUCUCCUUUUGCUUCCUGUACUGGAGGCCUGGUGGUUCGGUGGCGCUGACAUUUUCGACGAAGUUGAUACAUAGGUUCUCCGAUGAAGCCAAAGCGCUGUGGACUUCCCGGAAUGGAAAUGCAAGCAAUGCGGUUUCCUGGCCGAGGAGAAACAGCUCGGAGUAUUUCGAGUUGCUUCUUGGCAACGAUUUGAAGAGGCAGAGGAUUAAGCUUGGCUCGCACAAUCAGCUCCUUUUCCCUUCGGAAGGAAGCAAAACUCUCUUCUUCGGCAACGAGCUCGAUUGGUUACAUUACACAUGGAUUGACAUAGGAACACCGAAUGUUUCUUUCCUUGUUGCAUUGGAUGCUGGAAGUGAUCUCUUGUGGGUCCCAUGUGAUUGCAUACAAUGCGCUCCCCUGUCUGCUAGCUAUUAUACUUCCUUGGAUAGAGAUUUGAAUGAGUAUACCCCAUCUUUAUCAAGCACCAGCAGAAAUCUAUCAUGCAGCCACGAGUUAUGUGAAGCAAGUCCGUACUGCAAAAGUGGGAAUGGCCUCUGCCCUUACAUUGUUGAAUACGACUCUGAUAAUACCUCAAGUUCUGGAUAUCUGGUUGUAGACAAGUUACAUUUGAAAUCAGUCAGUGACCGUGCCCCACAAAGUUCUAUACAAGCCUCAGUAAUAAUAGGCUGUGGCAGGAAGCAAAGUGGUGGCUAUUUGGAUGGAGCCGCUCCUGAUGGUCUUAUGGGUCUGGGACCCGGGAACAUUUCAGUUCCAAGUUUGCUGGCGAAAGCAGGACUGAUUCAAAAUUCAUUCUCGAUUUGUUUUGAUGAGAAUGGUUCAGGCAGAAUCUUUUUUGGUGAUAAAGGCACUGGUUCUCAGCAAUAUACAUCAUUUUUGCCUAUUGAAGGAAAAUUUGAAACCUACUUUGUGGGAGUUGAGAGUUGUUGUGUAGGGAAUUUUUGCCUUCCAAGGUCUGGCUUCCAAGCACUGGUUGACAGUGGGACAUCUUUCACAUUUCUUCCAUCUGAAAUCUAUGACAAAAUUGUUACAGAGUUUGACAAGCAAGUGAAUGCUAAAAGAGUUAGCAUCCCUGAUAAUCCUUGGAAGUACUGUUAUAAUUCCAGUUCAGAGGAACCACUUCACAUUCCUGACAUGAGAUUUGUGUUCCCCAUGAACCAAAGCUUCGAAAUCCAUAAUCAUAUAUAUUCCUACUCUGAAGCCCAGGGAUUCAGGAUUUUCUGUUUAACUGUUAUACGUGGAGAUGAAGACUAUGGUGUCCUUGGACAGAACUUCAUGACAGGUCAUCGUAUGGUCUUUGAUCGGGAAAAUUUGAAGUUGGGUUGGUCACAUUCCAAUUGUGAAGACCCAAGUGAGAGAACAAGCAUACAUCUCACACCACCUCCCAGUGAUAAAUCUCCUAACCCAUUGCCUAAGGAGCAACAAAACUCCAAUACACAGGGAGUUGCCCCUCCACUUUCUGCAAAGACCUCUGCCAAAUCCUCUUCAGCAUUACGCCUGCAGGCUUGCACCUUGCUCUGUUUGGUGAGUUCGUUGCUACUGUUACUAUUAAUCUGUUUGCUACAGCCAUAAUUAAAUCCCUCCCACUGUAAAUCCUGUGUAUUCUAUUGUCAUCUCCAAGCUUGUUCACUUUUUAUAUGCUGUUGUAUUGAAUGGGGUUACUAGUAAUUAGUAAAAGUUAUCUUUUUUC